AUUGACAGAAAUUUACAUAGUACUUUAGUGUGAAAGUUGUUCACAGUUUGUUCAGUUCCUCCACUUUGUCAAUUUCGGAUUAACACCUAGCUAAACUGAUGGAAAAACAGUUUUUAUGUGAUUUUUAAACUAAUUCCUGUUUUAUGUGAUCUUUAAAUCUAUUUCCACUUAUAUGUGAUUUUUAUGAAAUUUCUUCCGUUUUGUGAAGAAAUUGUGAAGAACUUGAAUGUGUAUUGAUACAAUUUGUGGUAUUUUGUUAAGGAUGUAUUUAUUGGACAUGUAUAUAAUGGUUCUACUAGCUAUAAAUGUCUGAUUAACAUUGGACAGAGGCCGAGUGUGAUAUAAGGUCAACAUAAAAACAUCAAUACGCCAUUCUACCUACAUCAGUUUACACAGUCUGUAUAGGUAGUCGUCAACGUUUUUUAUAUCAAUACUGGACAUGUUUAUAUUUCACAAACUGAUUAUUGUUGAGUGAUUAUCAAAAUGGUAGAAAACUUCAAGUUUGUGAUUAGAUAAAAAAAUGUUGUAUUUUUGACCAACUGGUAGAGGAGAUAAAUCACAGUAAAUCAUGACCACUGAGUGAAGCAAGCACCUGUUUUUUCCUAAGCUUUAUUUCACUUUCUGUCAUAUGGAAUUUUUAAUUUGUUCUUACAGCCAGACUUAAAGGAUAUAAUUUAUAUUUCUUGUGAUUUUUUGCAAUUCUUGUACAAAACAUUUUGGAUAUUGAAUUGCUUCAUUAUGUAAAUUGGUUCUUUGUGUGCUAAGGGGGUUAUGCAAUGGCAAAAAACGACAAGGAGUCGGGUAGGAGACAUCAUAGGAAAAACAAGAUGAGGAAUAAUAAGAAAAAGAAAAAUGAUGCAUGGGAAACUGAUAUUCACCGUCUUAAUCUGGGGGAUUUCUUUGGAACGAAUGACGGGGAUGGAAUUGGAGGACAACCCACCUUGAAUGUAGACUUCGAAAUGAAGAAUACGACAAAGUACAGGGGUGAAAUUGUACGUCUCCGUUGUGAGAUUUCAGGAAACCCUCUACCCAAGUACAGUUGGUUCAAAGACAGCAUUGAAAUUGGAGAUAAAGAGGACCGAUUCAAUGUGAAAUUGACACCAUGGGGUUCAAGGUUAAAGAUAGAGAAAUCAGUACCCCAUGAUAGUGGUUAUUAUAUGUGUAUAGCUGCUAAUAGGGCUGGAGCAAAAAAUGCUACAGCUUAUUUACAUAUCAAAAAUGAAAAUGCACCAAAAAAGGAUAACAAAGGUGGUGGAUCAAAGACCGAUGUGGAUUCAUUUCCAGAUCUAACAGAUGACACAGAUAGAUUUUCUGGGAAGUAUGAUCCAGAAAUAUAUAAAAAAUUGAAAGAAGAAAGCAGCGGUAGUACUAAAGAUGAUAGCAAUGGUUUCUGUCAACCAUUUCGAGGAAAUAUGUGUGCCAGAUUCAUAGGCAAUCAAACAAUUUAUGUCAAUUCUGAGUAUGCUCAAGGUGUAAAGGAAGAAAAAUUUAUUGCUGCUUUUACUGUGAUUGCUGCCUCCAGUGAUAUGUCAGCUGAAUGUCAGAAGUAUGCCAUAGAGUUUCUUUGUUUCUACACCUUCCCUUUAUGUGAUCGUCAGCAUAUCAACCCUACUCCCCGUAAAGUCUGCAGAGAUGAGUGUGAAAUGCUUGAGGGCAAUAUCUGUAAACAGGAAUACGUUAUUGGUCGACAUCAUCCAAUGAUUGGGGAAGGUUUCCUUCCAAAAUGUUAUGACUUACCACCAAGAGGUACCCCAGAGGGGGAUAAAUGUAAAGGUAUUAAUGUACCUAUUGAUCCUACACAAAGACCAGAAGUUCACACAUGUUAUGGUGGUAAUGGCGUGAAGUACCGAGGAUCUAUCAAUCACAGCCGGUCUGGAAGGCCGUGUAUGAACUGGAAAAAUAAUCCACAUUUUAAAGGCAGUGAAUAUCCUGAUCUAGGAAACCAUCACCUGUGUAGAAACCCGAAUGGUACAUAUACAGGACCAUGGUGCUAUACUGAUCCUUCAUAUCAUCACACAGAAUUAUGUGAUAUCCCUAAAUGUGUUGGUGCUGGUCCCGGUCAAGGAGCUAUUGGAGCAGAACCAGUGAACAAAUUAAUGUAUUUAGUACCAGGAAUCAUUGUGCCACUAGCUUUAAUAAUCCUACUUGCCAUUGCAUGUUUGUGUCAGAGACAUAAAAAACAAAAAGAUGCUGGUGUCAAAACUAAAGUUGAUCAGCCGGCUACUAACAUGGAAACUGUUCCACUCAAAUCCGCCAUGAAUGUAAGAGACUUUCCAAUAUCUUCUAUCAGGUUCCUUCAGGAAUUAGGUGAAGGACAGUUUGGAAAAGUGUUUAAAGGAGAAGUGCUUGGACUCUAUGGUGAUAAUAUGAUUUCUAAAGUGGCCAUUAAAACUUUGAAAGAGAACUCUUUACCAAAAGUUAAGAACGAUUUCCGACGUGAAGUUGACCUGAUGUCUGAACUUAGACAUGGGAACAUUGUGUGUUUACUUGGUGUUUGCAUGAAACAAGAACCUAUGUGUAUGUUAUUUGAAUACAUGCAGCUAGGUGACUUGCAUGAAUACCUUGUUACUCAUUCACCUAAUUCAGAUGUUGGAUUAUCCAAUGAAUCAGAAGGUUUAAAACAUGCGUUAGAAUAUGGAGACUUAUUACACAUUGCUACACAAAUUGUUGCUGGCAUGGAAUACUUGUCAAGCCACCAUUAUGUACACAGAGACUUAGCUGCCAGAAAUAUACUUGUUGGUGACAAUAUGUGUGUUAAAAUCUCAGAUUUUGGUCUAUCUAGAGAUAUAUAUUCACAAGACUAUUACAGAGUUCAAAGUAAAUCCAUACUUCCUGUACGAUGGAUGCCACCAGAGGCCAUUUUGUAUGGAAAAUUCACCACAGAAACAGAUAUAUGGUCAUUUGGUGUUGUCAUGUGGGAAAUAUUCAGCUUUGGUUUACAACCAUACUAUGGUUAUUCUAAUCCAGAAGUUAUUGAAGUUGUAAGAGCUCGGCAAAUCUUGCCUUCACCAGAGGAGUGUCCAACAAGAGUAUAUGGUCUUAUGGUUGAAUGUUGGCAUGAGGUUCCAAACAGGAGACCAACUUUCAGAGAAAUACAUGCACGUCUUCGAGCAUGGAAGACUGAAGUAUUAAUGUUAAAUCCACACUGGAGCUUAAGCCAGAGUCAUUCAGCACAUUCAGGCAGUACACAUCAGAGUUCUCAAAGUGGACCAAGUCAUCAUAGUAGCACUGGUCCAAGUAAUACAACAGCAAUGACUGGCCUGACAGGAAGUAGUGGUGGAUCAGACCCAUCAUCAACAAUGUCCCAUCCGGGAAUGGUGGGCCAUCCAGGAAUGGUCCAUCCAGGAAUGGGCCAACCCCCUCCAAAUUACCAGGAUUCAACACGUGUUCAUUAUUAUCCUAACUUAGGUCCGCAACAAAUGCAACAGUACCCUGGUCAAGGUCCUAUAUUAAUGCAACGAGGACCUCCACCCAAUCAGAUGCCGAACCAUAAUGGACCUUCAAAAUUAUCGCCAGCUGGCUCAAUAGCUAGUAGUAAACAAUCAUCUAGUAGUGGUGCUUCAUCAAAUUAUAAACCUAAUGUCUCAAACUGUAAUACUUUAACUGGACCAGCUACAAUAGACGUGUCUGAGUGUCAAAAGUUUUCAAAUUUAAUGUCACAGAAUAGUUACAUUCCAGAACAAAGGACAGUAGAUUAUAAUGAGUGUUAGUAAAUAGUUAUCUCCUUGCCAAUCAAAAAAAUGUUAACUAUUACAGACCGGUGUAUUAGAGCUCAUUAACCAACCAGGUCUCAGAUGUGCUUUGCAUGUACCUGUAGGAACCAACUUCUCAUCUCUUACUUCAUUUGUCACAUGACAUAAAACAAAGUUUAUUAAUUCAUGAGGGAAUAUUGUGAUGUCAAGUUUGUAAGAAACUUUGAAUUGUAGGAGAAAAGUUAAAGACUGUGGUGGAUUGAAAAUUUGGCAUAAGGGGAAGUAACUGUUGAUUGAGAUGUUAUUUGUUUGUCUGUGCUUGGCAGCCUCUAAAUUGUCACAUUAAAGUGCUUAUUUGUGUUGAUUGUUAUAUUCCUUUGUUUUAAUUUUACAAAAUCACUACCGUUAUUUUUUUUGGCUUUGUUUUGAAUUUUUUUAUUUUUUCAUUACUGUAUAAAAAUGUUAUCAACUAAAGGUAUUUAAAUUUUACAAUAAUUUAAAUUCCCCUUUUUUGGUAUUUCUGGCAGGAAAAAUAGUUGAAAAAAAGAAUACAUAGUUUAAAAGAAAAAAUGUUUUUAAUUUAAAAAUUCAGUUAGAUUUGAAGGUGCUAUACCAUCUUAAAGAUGGGAUAUAUUCAUUUUUUUUUUGCAAUAUAUUACAUCAUAAUUCCAUUGUUGAUGUUUUUUUUAAAUAUUAUAUAUAUAUAAAUAGAUGACAGUAUUGUUUUGCAUUGCAUAAUAUAUCAGUGUAAUUUACAGUAGAUACAGCAUUUUAGCAUCGUUAACUGUAAAAUGGGAGAUUUUUCGUGAGUUUAUUUUUUCGCUGAAAUCACCAUUGAGGUUAAAAUAUGCACACUAAACAAAUUUAUCCUUUAGGAAGAUGAGAAUCAUGCAAAAAUAAAGCCUCACGAACAGGUGUUGCCCUGAAAUUUUAAUUCCACGAGAAUAAACCAAUUUACAGUACAUUUUUUCUACUAAGUAUGUUAUCAACUCAUUUUUACAAUUAUUAAUAAAUAUAUCAUCAUUUUUUUUUUUCAUGAGUAAAUUUCAAGUUCAGUUUGAUUAGAUGCAACAUGUUGAUUAUGAGUCUUAGAUUUAUUGGCGUAACUAAAAACCCUGGCUAUCCUCAUACAAGAGUAUAUAUCAGUUCACCAUAUUUUGACACAUUGCCUUACAGUAUUCUUGAUUAUUUUAUUGAGUUAUCCCAUUUUUCUUCUUUUUUUAUGAGGUUAAUCAAAAUAAAUCUAAAUGGCAGUCAGCAGAGAGAACAUUAAACACAUUAUGAUUUUUAUUUCAAUGCUGUGUCUACUCAGAAUAUUAUUGUCAUGACAUUUUUGUAAAUAAUUCACAGCCAUAUUUUCUUAGUUUUCUGUAUAUUUUUAUAUAAAAAUCAAAUACCAAAGUAACCUGAUCUAGUCACCAUUUAUUUAUGAUGAAAUCCUAAGAUUUGAGUGAUAUUCUGUGUAUGUAUAUAUAUAUUACUUUUGUUUAAGUCAAGUUAAUUGACAAUUUAAAAUAGACCAGUUCAUUUGAUUUCUCUUUCACACAUACAGCAUGGAAAGUUUUAGAUAAUUGAUAUAUAUUUUUAUAGGUCACAUGUUAGACAUGUGAUGCAUGUUAUAUAAAACCCUACCAAAAACAUAAAACAUAAAACUAAUUACAAAAAUGUAAUUGAUAAUCCGUUAUAAGUACAAAAAUACCACUGGAAAAAAUUGAAAUGAAUUUUUUUGCAAAAAAUAGCUUUUUCUAAUAAAUGUAAAACCAAAAAUGAAUUGACCAUCAAAUUGUACUUCUUUAUAUAUAAAGCAUAUUUGGCAAAUUUCUUAUUAUUGUUUUUAUCCAAAAUAGUUGGAGAUAAGAAAAUGACAUUGUAUGUGGAAAUGUUGGAAGAAAAUAAUACAGAGAUGGCCCUUAGGAUAUUGAUAUGGCCUCAUAUUUAAAAUCAAUUUUUAGGCUUCUGUUUAUAUGUCUUUUUUCCCAAAUACAAGUAUUACAGUGAAAGAAACCUGAUUAUAAAUUAUACCAUGAGAUUAUUAAGGAUGGAGUAGUUUACUAUAUAAUAGUGAGGAUAUGUUAACAUAUCCCCAAAAAUAUUGUUGUAUAAAUUGGUUGUGAAGAUUUUGCCUUAUACAUUGAUAGUUACAGAUAUGUUACAGUUUUACAUGGUUUAUGUUAUGAGUUAUCUACCUUUCUCACUUAAAGAUACAGAUCAUCCUUACAUGAUUAAUUGUGUAUAGAAUAUUAGAAAUUCAUUCACAGUAACUGUAUCUGAUAAAUAGAUACUGCUGUAGAAUUUCAUAGCACACAUACUUUUUACAAAAAGGUUUCGGAGAGAUAACAUGAAUCUUGGUGUAAAUUGAAUUCUUUUUUGUUCUAAAACCAGUUUAUUAUAAAAGUUAAUAAAGUUGAAAAUCAUCAACUAUUAUCUAUAACUGGUACAUUAUCAUAAAUUUUAGAAAAACUUUGCAAAACCAUGAAGAAUUGAGAUAAUCUGUAAUCAAAUCAGCAUUUGGUGAUUUUUGUCUUAACCUGCCAUGUCUUUUUCAAUAAGUCGUUACUGAAUUCAGACAGACUUCUUUUUCAUCUGUAAAAGAUGGUAAAUCAGAUUUCUUAAAAUGAUUUUUUAAUUAAGAUUUACAUUAUCCAUAAGAUAUAUGUCGUUGAGAUUUACAUGUUAACAUACUGUCUAAACAAAGUUUAAAGUUGGUUAAAUGGUUUAACAGUACUAAUUAAGAGGCCAACUAAUUUUGAAUUUUAUUAUACAAGUUUGUUAAGAAGUUGAUGUACAAAUACAGUGCCUCUGAUUUGAGGUUUAUAGUUUUGCUUCAUUGUAAUCCUAAGGCUUACAGGACUUUAGUGUAGGUUCUAUAUUGUAUGCACUGUUCAUGUCUUGUAAGCUGUGGCCUUUGUUGUCACAAAAAUAAAUUUCAUAAAACAUCA